AUGGCGUGCGCUGGGUUGCUCGCUGUGUGCUUGCUCCGGCCACCCGCGCCCCAGCCGCCACGACACCCUGCGCCCGCCGCGGGACACGCGCUUUUCCAGGAUGUUUUUCGCAGAGCAGACAAGAAUGAUGAUGGUAAGCUCUCAUUUGAAGAAUUCCAGAAUUACUUUGCUGAUGGGGUUCUCAGCUCAGCGGAGCUGCGGGAACUGUUCAGUGGCAUCGAUGGGCAUCUCACCGACAAUUUAGAAACAGAGAAACUGUGUGACUAUUUCUCCAAACACCUGGGUGUCUAUCGGCCUGUGCUGGCUGCACUGGAGUCCCUGAACCGUGCGGUGCUCACUGCUAUGGACACAACAAAGCUGGAGUAUGAACAGGCCUCCAAGGUGGACCAGUUUGUCACACGAUUCCUGCUUCGAGAGACUGUGAAUCAGCUCCAAGCCCUGCAGAGCUCCCUGGAGGGGGCAUCAGACACCUUGGAGGCCCAGGCCCGUGGUCAGCGGUUGGAUGAAGAAAAUAUGGAAGUGCAGAGUAGGUCCCGGAGCAGUCGGCGGGCAGGCCGCAGAGCCCUGAGGAGCAUCAGCUGGUCACCAGCCUGGUCUCCUGGAUCCUCUGAUACAGGGUGGACUUCAGAGGCCGAGCAGCAGUGGCAGCUGCAGGUCAACCGUCUCCAGGAGCUCAUAGACCAGCUUGAAUGCAAGGCACCCCGGCUGGAACCCCUGCGUGAAGAGGACCUUGCCAAGGGUCCUGACUCGCACAUCCUUGUGGCGCAGAGGCAGGUACAGGUGGCAGAGGAUGCGCUGCAGGAUUUCCAUCGUGCCCUGUGCUGCUACAUGAACUUCACAGGGGCCCAGAGCCACUGUCUGCAUGUGUCUGCCCAAAGGAUGCUAGACCAUGCUGCCUUCACCCUGUAUGAGUUCUGGCAGGAUGAAGCGUCCUGGAGAAGGCACCAGCAGUCGCCCUGCAGCAAGACCUUCCAGCGCACCCUCAUCGAUCACCUGCAGGCCCCAGACACCCUCACCACUGUGUUCUUCCCAGCCUCCUGGUGGAUUAUGAAUAAUAACUGAGUUGGGUCUGCUUAA